UUGAGGACAUGCAGCGAUGUCACAUACUGGGGGCCUCUCAUGCGCUGAACAUGUUCCCAUGAUGCAGUCCGGCCUGCAGAACACAACUCUGGUUGCCCACAGCAAUGCGCCUGCCGCCGCUCUCUGCUCUGCUGCAGCCUUGUGACGUCACGGAGGGCUGGAGCGCUUCCUUGCUCCGGAGAGGAAAAAAUGGGCACAAGAUUGUUGCGAGGCAGUGGACUGACAAAUGAUGGCUUGCAAAGACGAAGUGAAAGUUGCCUCCUCUAUUGUACAUAAGAUCUGACUCCAUACCGCUGGCCAACCCAAACUGUCACUGCAACCAUGAGAAGACCUGAUGGGUACUUGACCUUUGUACCCCACCGGCGCCACCGUCAGGUUGCGUGAGCGCCCCCCGUCUCCCUGCGGCAGUUACUGCACGGAAUGGCCUCUCUGGACCUUCCAUACCGCUGUCCUCGCUGUGGGGAGCACAAGCGCUUCCGAAGCCUGUCGUCCUUGCGUGCCCACCUGGAGUACAACCACACAUAUGAGACCCUAUAUGUUCUGUCUAAGUCCAACAGUGUUUGUGACGCCGCAGCUCUACUACCCCUAGUGACGGAGGGUGCCCUACUCCCGCCUCCAAAUAACAACGAUCCCUUUGAGCCUUUGCAGCCGUCCUCUUUAAAAGAGCGUCACUUCCCUUGUCGUGAGCUUCCUUGUGUAGAUGACCUGAGUUUGACGCCGGCUAGCGCCAACACGUCUGCCCGGUAUAUCCCCAAUGUGGAGUUUCCUCUGGGGGAGAUUUUGAUGAAGACAGCUAUGACAUCCACAGACCCCAGUCCUUAUGGGAACCCCAGUACAGCAGUAGCUGUAGCAGCCAACGUUGCUGCCAGCGCAGUGGAGGCAGCUUAUGAAGAAGGUCUGGCCAGGUUGAAGGCACGGGCAUUUGAACGUCUUGAGCUGGAUGAAAGGAUGGAGAAGCUCUCUGAAGAGGUGGAGCAGAAAAUAGCGGCCCGUGUAGGCCGUCUUCAGGCCGAGCUGGAGAGGAAGAGCUCUGAGCUGGAACGGGCUAAGCAGGAGAGCGAGCGGCUCAGCCAGGAGAAACAAGACCUGGAGGACAAGGCCUUAGAGCUUUCUCGGCAGGUGGACGUCUCUGUGGAAAUGCUCGCCAACCUAAAACAGGACCUGGUGAACAAGGAGGCCGAGCUCAGCCACAAGCAGCAGGAGGUCGCGCAGAUCGACCAGUUCCUGCAGGAGACGGCGGCUCGAGAGGCCAACGCCAAAGUUCGCCUGCAACAGUUCAUCGAGGAACUGUUGGACCGAGCCGACCGUGCUGAGAAACAGCUCCAGAUCAUCAGCAGCUGCGGCACCACGCCAAACGGUAGUCUGGGGCGCUGCAGUCUUCAGGCGUCAAAGGGCAAUGGACGGCAGAGGAACUCCAGCAUCUCGGGAAGCACAAGAGGCAUCUACCAAGCAUCCGAGCGACGUUCGUCACCCAGUACAGGAGCAUCAGGUCGGGUCAAGUCAGUCUCACAGGGUUCUGGUGGAUAUGACAGCGACAGUGUGGAGAUGCACCCGAUGGAGGAGUGUCCCGAGGCUCAGUACUACCACAUGCAGUGCCGCCUGACCGAGGGGGGUUACGACCGUUCCCCUGGAUGCGGAGGCGGUGGGUCAAGAAACUGGGGUCUCCGUAAACAGGCCAUCCAGAACUGGCAGCGUCGGCCUUACAGGAACAGCACCGAAGGCGAGGAGGGCGAUGUAUCCGACGUGGGCUCUCGGACAACUGAGUCGGAAGUAGACAUGUGGGAGCAGGAGAGGAGAGCUGUAGCGGAAGUUCAACAAUCUGGCGCCCCCUAUCCAUACCACAGCAGGACUGGGUAUCGAUCAAACGCAGGUCGAUAUGAAGGCAUCUACAGCAAACCCUGCCGCCAUGAGAAGAGCCCGUCCAAAUCCAACGAGGUGAUCAGCCCAGAGAUCCUGAAGAUGCGCGCUGGUUUAUUUUGUAUCUUCACCUACUUGGAUACUAAAACCCUGCUGAGAGCAGCGGAAGUCUGCAGAGACUGGAAGUUUGUGGCUCGCCACCCGGCCGUGUGGACCAGAGUUCUGCUGGAGAACGCUCGCAUUUCUUCCAAGUUGCUGGGAACGUUGUCUCAGUGGUGCACUCAGACGCACUCGCUCAUCCUGCAAAACCUAAAACCUCGACAGCGUGGAAAGAAGGAAACCAAGGAGGAAUACUUAAAAAGCACACGUGGCUGUUUGGAGGAAGGGCUGGAGGCGCUGCUCAAAGCCACAGGAAGUAACCUGCUCAUACUAAAGAUUUCACAUUGUCCCAACCUGCUGACAGACCGCUCCCUCUGGCUGGCCAGUUGCUACUGCCGAGCUCUGCAGGCUGUCACUUACAGGAGUGCCACAGACCCAGUUGGCCAGGAGGUCAUCUGGGCCCUCGGUGCAGGUUGUAGAGACAUUAUUUCCCUACAGGUGGCGCCACUACACCCAUGCCAGCAGCCGGCUCGUUUUAGUAACAGAUGCCUGCAGACCAUUGGGAGAUGUUGGCCACACCUCCGCGCGCUCGGCGUGGGUGGAGCAGGAUGUGGCAUUCAGGGACUUGCCUCGCUAGCAAGGAACUGCAUGCGCCUUCAAGUGCUCGAGUUGGACCAUGUGAGCGAAAUCAACCAGGAGGUGGCAGCGGAGGUUUGCAGGGAGGGCUUGAAAGGCCUGGAGAUGCUGGUGCUCACCUCCACACCAGUCACCCCCAAAGCUCUGCUCCACUUUAACAGUGUGUGCCGCAACCUCAAAUCCAUUGUGGUCCAGAUUGGGAUCGAAGACUACUUUGAGGACCCUAACAGCCCUGAGGCCAGAAAACUGUUUGAUGAGAUGGUUAACAAGCUUCAGGCACUGAAGAAAAGACCCGGAUUCUCCAAAAUCCUCCACGUGAAAGCAGACAGUCUCUGCUAACAUCAUUUCCUGCAGAUUGUGUAAAGAGACGCCACCGCCACGGCUCCAUUCAGCCCAAAAGUGUGUGUGAAUGGGGUAAGAGAGCGUUCGUAACACUGGAACACCUCGAUGAACCCUGACUGAGGCUCAAUGUGCAAUAUUCAUGCAUAAGGAGACACCUGCUACUUGUUCGGGGGGAAUCAUCUGCUGGACGUGACAUGGUCCUCAUUGGGCUCUUGAUGACACUAGCCCGACACAACUGAUUCCUCUCUUUUUGGAUCAUGUAGUAGUCUCUUGGAGGCAGAUCUCUUUGUUGAAAAGUGUGGAGCUGGGUAACAGACCAUUUGACGAGUUCUUAGUGAGUUGGGCACCCGUAACUGGUGGGCGGCAGCACAUUCUUUCUACUUGGAAGGGAACUAAACAUUUGCAAGGUGGGAGCCUUGAGACUGCCUGACCUUCUAGCUCUCAGAAGCCAACUACUUCCUGCACAAAAAGCGUGCUGCAGCUACUUCCUGGCAUGGCAGCGAUGCGUUCCGCCACCUCUACCACCUUAUGCUAACAUAAUGGAUCUCCUUUAUUUUUCUUGAUUGUGAAAAGUAUCAGGUUGUCUGAGAGAGCAGCAUGCAGCGCCCGAUGCUGGAUCCAUUUCAUCUUCAAACUGGUGCCAUUCGUGUCUGUCCACGUUCCAUUGAGCGUUUUUUUUUUCCAACGUGCCAUUAAUGCGGGGAAUAUUUCAUACCCCUCUAAUCAGCUCAUGCACACAAGACUUUUAUCUUGUACUCCUUGAUGUGUUAGAAUGCGUAUUCAUGCUGAUUCUUCUACUUGCAGAACAGUGCCAGUCACAGCCAAGCCUCUGUGGCGCCCUCUGCUGGUCUUUUCAGCCACUUACUCAUAUCAGUUGGGAUUUCCUCUGGAAGUACAAAACCUUUUCCAUCAUAAAUUAUGUGUGAAUGCUGACAGACGCUGUCACCGAACCAAAAUACCAAAGAAAUGGAGACUAGGGAUGUUAAUACAUCACAGGAUAUCAUAACAAUGCCUAAUCGGAUGGGCGCUUGACUGCAUAAAUUUGCUAUGAAUUAAUGUUUUCAUUGAUGCGAGAAUUUCUUUAUAUAUAUAUAGUGAAAGAGUUUUCCCUUUUUACAAAAAUCUAAUUUAAUUUCUACUUCGUGCUGCGGGCCAAUAAGAAAUGAGCCACAGGACUCAAAUGGCCCCUGGACCGCCCCUUGUUCCAUACAAAUAUGCCACCUAGUUGCUCUGAGCACUCAGCAAUAAUGGCAUAACGUAGAUGAGAUGUCGAUACCAUGGCAUCAUUGCUGGAUCAUUGCGAAUAGUGUGGGGCAAAAAAAAUGCCCUGAAUGGGAAUUUCCUUUCAUUUCAUUUGAAUGAUUUUGAAUCAGUUGAGCAGAAAAAUAACAAUGUUAGGAAGGAAAAAGACAUUUUUGACACACUGUAGCAUGAAUGCUCGUCUCUCAGCAUUCACACAGCAAGCACCUUUUCCAGCGUGGUCGUUUUUCUCUGUUGCAGUUUAAUUUAUCACAUUUUGUGUCACUUUUCCACUUUGUGGUACCGGCCCAACUCUGUUCUCUUCACCUCAUUCCAGCCCGACAAUGGGAAACUGUAAAAGCCACGCAGUCAGUGUAAAGGCGUCAGUCAGAGUGAGACAUGCUAACAGACAACAAUGGAGGCCAUGGAGAGUCUCUCGUAUUUACUUCUCGGCAUGUGCAAUACUGUCGCAUCCACAGCUAAGACAGCAGGAUAAGCCAUGUGUGUUGUUUCCUGCUCGACCAAUGAGCUACCAGUGGUGGUUUAGGUCACCCGUAUGUUGGCAUCCUUGGAACCUUGACAUUACCUUGUUUUGCCAACGUAAAGCGCCAAGCUGUGCGUGUCCGGCCAAGUGGGUACCAUGCAGUGGAAAAGGGGCGUAUGUACAGUAAAGCGUGGUUGAGGACGUAUGCUAGCAAUACUUAAAUCCGUCUGUACUGCAAAUAAAAGGGAUUACACGGUCCAUUCUACAAGGGGUUACCCCUCAAAAUCAGGUUGGACAUGACCGUGCUUGGUGAUACCAUCAGUGUGGUUUGAGGAUGUGAAGGUUCAUGGAAAAAUACAUUUUUGGAACACACUGAGGACCAAAAAGUAAGGAUUUGUCUUUUGCUGCUGUUCUUCUUAAUUCUGAAUUUGAGUGAGUGCUAUAUGAAGUUGGGGGGAGCUCGCCUUUAAACAAAGCUUCUGACAGCAACUUCCAUACGCAUUUAUGCACACGGUUGAAGCAGGUUGACAAUGGAGUCGCACAUCAAGAAGGAAGACCUUGUCUAAUGCAUCGUGGCACAUUGGGUGCACAUCGCUUUGCAUCGUUUUAGCACGCACGCCUUGUUGGUCGCACACAGCAAGGGGAGGAAACCCAUUUCUCGGCUGUCGAACCCACAAAGUGAGGCUGGAUAGGGCUGUCCUUUUUAUAUUUUGAGUACAAAGUACAAAAGGCUACAUGUUCCUUUUUAAGUCUCAACCGAUCACAGUUUUCAACCCAUCUUUUUUGUCUUUUUUUCACAUAUGACCAAAUCUUCAAAUCUUUUGGUGUUCUCAUAUUUCCUCAAAUAGGGGCUGAGGGAAUUUGUUUACGCAACUGCAGAGAGUAAUAAUAUUAAUAGUCAUGGUAAUAGUAGGAGAGGGUGGCAGUGGCUCAGGAGGUAUAGCAGGUCAUCCAGUUUGUUGUUUCGAUCUCCGCUUCCUCCACCCAGUCACUGUUGUUGUGUCCCUGGGCAAGACACCCUUUGUCACCUUGCUUUAACUCCAGUACUGCCCACACUGUUGUAUGAAUGUGAAUGAAUGUUUUCUGGUGAUUGGAGAGGAGGCCGUGCUUCUGUCUGCCCCAGGGCAGCUGUGUCUACAGAUGUAGAAUACCACCACCAGUGUGUGACUACGAGUGAAUGAAUAAUGUGUUCAAUGUAAAGUGCUUUGGGUACCUUGGAAAGUGCUAUAUAAAUGUAAUCCAUUAUUAUUGUUAGCAUAAAAUUGUAAAUUUAUCAGACAUAAGGUGUUUAAUAGAGAGGAGGCCUUUAUUUUUGCACAUGCAUUUUUGUAAUUCUUAUUUAAAAUUUUAUAUUUGCCCACAAAAAUCUAUAAUAAUUACACUGAUUUAUGUAGAUUUAAAUUGCAAAAACAAAUAUAUCAGUUUUUCGAACUCUGGUCUUGUUGUACCUUCAAUGCACAAUAAAGAAAUAGUUAUUAUUUAAAAAAAUGUUAGGUAUGUUUUCUUUUCCUCAAUGCUUAAUAUGCAGUGGAUCCCCGCAUAGUUGUGAUUCAGCAUUCGCGACCCUGCACAUUUGUCAAGUUUUGAUGAAAAAAUGAUUUCUCUUAUUUGUGAGAAAACCCGCUGAUGUGUGUGCUUUUUCUCUCCAAAAAUGACUCAUAAGUCGGUAAUAAUUUAUAAAUAUCUGAUAAUAAAGCAUAAAAUGCCAGCAUAAUACAUACUAAUACAUACAUACUAAUAAUACAGCAUACAGCACAUGUUGGUGUGAGGUUUGAAUGGCUGAGCACUUUCGCUUGUACCUUGUACUUCCUGCUAGUGGCGCCACAUCCAUAGGAAAGGAGCGCCAGAAAAAGGUAAUGACACUGCAGGAGAAGGUUGAUUUUCUGGAUAAGAUAAGAUCAGAUAAGACAUGCCUUUAUUAGUCUCCCAAAAGGAAAUUCCAGGUUUACAGCAGCAAAAGCAGAGCACAAAAGCACACAAGAGCAUACAAAGUGCAAAAUCAAGGCAAUACAAAUCAAGAAGUUACAUACACUACUUCCAGCUAUGGAUAUGGUUUUAGAGCGGAAAACUUUUGUUGCCGUGUGUGAGUGAAUAAAAGCACUGACCCACAUAUAAAGGAGAAAGAGAAGGCAAUUAGAAGCGCUGUGACAGCAAGUUUUUAAUGUUUAAAGUGUCAGCUCUUGCUGUGCCGUACACGUCAGACUGCACAGCAAAUGUAUUCAUAAUGAUCAAUGUUCAUGAUCAUUCAUUCAUACAUGGUGAGUACCGAAAUACAUUUUACAAUUUAAAAUGCUUGAAUAAGUGUGCGAGGCAUGUUAUAGGGCUCAAACUUGGAUUGUGCUUCUAUGCAUUCAGCUUGUUAGCGCCCGUCAUCACACGUGAACGAUAGCAAUGAAAGAAGCCGACUAUGGUAGUGCAGCUGAAUCUACAGGUAAUCUAAUAAUUACAUCGGUCGCUUUUAUUGCAGAUGUUGAUCCGAAACGAUCAGAGGAGAACAUCAACGUCAAGAGAGCAGGAGGAUACGGAGGGAGACGAGCAAGCUGGCAUAGUAUGCAGUGCCAAAAAUAGACAUUUUUAUGGGCGUCUCAAUUACUCACGUGUUAUUUCGGAAGCGGGGGCGUGGCGGGGAUCUACUGUACAAGAGUACUGUACUACCGUUCUUUUUUUUGUAGUUUUAAUUAUUAGUAAAAGGAAAAAUAAUACCACAUAUUACAAUAUAUAUUAUAUAUAAUACAGUACAUCGCCUUGGUCCAAAAAAGACUCACCUUUUUUAUUUGUUUUUUUAUUUUGUUUAUUUCAUCGUAUUUAUUUUUAUGUGAGACACAAAUGUAACGUAAUAUAAAAUAUUCUUGUUCUUUUAGCACACUAUUUAGUAUUUUUAUUGUUUUUGUUUAUAUAUUGUAUUACAGUAUUCUAAUUAUUUUACAUUGGAAUUAUUAUUGUUUACAAGUAAAUAUGUCAUAAUGAGUUCAUCAUUUUUUUUUUAAGUCACAUGGUGGUUAUAGAAUAUGCAGUACAUUUGUUUACAGCCCCCCAGUGGCACCAGCUGUGAUUUCUGGAUAUUUCUAGAUAUUGUUUUGUUUGUUUUGAUGGGGAAAAAAGGAGUUCAUUUGAGGGGAUGCAUGGAUGGAGGCCACUAUUUGAGGAAAUAUGGUAUUUUUCUGUUAGGUCACUCCCGAUAUCAAAGGUCAAAUCAUCACCUUUGUCACCAUUUUCAAAUCUCAGUCUUUUGGGGGGGGGGGGUUUCGCAGCGCUUUGGUCCUAGCGGAAGGGUCAAAGGUCAUGCGCUGACCUGUGUUUUCGCAUUAGAAUUCAGCUCCACUGCUACUGAUUGUCCACUUGGAGGGAAAAUAGGUUUAGAAACAUGAUGCACUUGUUUUCAGGUUUUAGACAAUCCUGCCUUCGCUAUCAGCUACUCUGUACAUAGGGUUUGUUUUAAAAAAAAAAAAUUUAAAAAAGGAGAAAACAAGAUUUAAAAAAACAAAACAAAAGAAGAGCAACAUUUAAUGUUGUAUAAUAAUAUGGUGAAAAACGCUGACGUUUACAUACUGUAAAGCAUUCUCUCCAAAGCGGACUGAAAGAUGCUAGAGAAUUAUGUACAACCUUGGUGUCUGAAUUGUGUGUUAGAUACUUUCUAUUAAAUGUGCAUCAUUUGCAUAGAGAAAUUAUUUAAGAAGAGGAUAAAGAUGAUAAUUCAGCUAUUUAUUUCUAUAUACAUAUAUAUAUAUAUCUAUAUAUGUAUAUAUAUAUAUACAUAUAUAUAUAAAGAAACAAAAGAGCGACGUGUAUAAUGUUGGCAUGUUUGUGUUGGAGCAUCAUUAAGUUGCCUUUCUAAAUGUUCUGCUACUGUGGCAAGAAAUUUGGUGUUAAACAGCUUCCGUUGCCUGCAGUUGAAUAACAUUUCUUUUUUAGUUGACUGUCUGUUGUUGCACUAGUGAGAAAGAAAUGAUAUAUAAAUCUAUACAAAUAUAUUACAGAUGUUCAUGAAGUGUUGUUUUUAAUGUUGGGCUGUUUCUUAGUGUUUGACUAAAUAAGAUGCACUUUUAUUUUUAUGAUCAUCGGCCCAAUGAGAAGCGAUAAAUAGUACAAGUCAGCAUCUUCCACAGGUGGCUUGAUUCCUCCGCCUCCACAUGCAUUUUUAGGUAAAUGACCAGUGUUUGUUUUGCUUUUGCAUCGCACCCACACCACCGUUUAGGUCAUUGUGAAAAGGGACCUGCUGAAGUUGCUCCAGGCGCCAAAUAACACCACAAUGAACGUAUUCUCUUAUUCUGCCUUUGCUAAUGUCAACCGGUUCUGCUUCCUUUAUUUGACUGACUGUUGAACCACAUGUUUAACCGUUCAUCAACUUCCUGUCGUACUCUACAAACUGUACAUACUUGUAUUUCAUGUAUGGACUCUGCCCAUUUAUCGGAAUCGUAUUUUGCGUAUUACCUCAACACUUAUCUGGGCAAUUAAGUGUGCCAUUUAUUGUUGUUUUUUUGUUUGUUUUGCUAACAGCAUCCAUGAACUUCAUCCAUAACAGCAAAAAAAUGUAAUUGUUGCUGGAGGGUUCCAACUGAUGGUCAGCCUUUGAUGACUGCAAUUUUACCACUCAUUUGUUGUCAUCAAUAAAAUUGCUUUAAAAUUCGUGUUGCAAUGAACUUUUUUCAGAGAUUCAUUUGUAAUUAGGACAGCGUUAAUUAGUGCUCAUUAGAAUCCUGCAUGCAGAAAUAUGAGGCUUCAUUUUAAAGGGGACAUGUUAUAAUAUGAUAUAUUUUUUAAUCGUUUGAGUUGCCUGUGUGCACAUAGUGUACAUCAGGGGUCACCAACGCGGUGCCCGCGGGCACCAGGUAGCCCCCCACGACCACAUGAGGUGCCCGCAAGCCUGCUUUUCAUUCAGGUUUUCAGUUAAUAAUGAAAGAACAGUAGAAAGAAAAGUAUUCUGACACAUAAAAUGUGAGUUGUGGACACCAGCAUUUUGUGAAUGUUUUGGUAAAACAAGCACAUUUGAUUUGUUUGGGUUGAAAUAAGGUAUGAAAAUCAUUUCUACAAAAAUGAGUAGCUCGUGGCCAUUUUCAUUUUCUUAAAGUAGCUCUCGCAAGAAAAAACGUUGGUGACCCCUGGUGUACAUCUUGUAUUUGGGUCUCUGGAGUGCCUGCUCGAACCAUAAACUGAAAUUACACGCAAGUAAUUUAGCAACCUUUGUCAUUUGCAUUAAACAGGAGAGUCCACCAAAACCAGCUGCUCUGAACAGGCCUUUUUAGAUGUUUGUUUGUUUGUUUUUUUCUGAACAUCUGCUGUAAUUCUUCAUCCUUUCGGGUAUUUUGAACGAAGCAUGUCACAGACAUGUUAUUAAGAAACUAAGGAACUGUUUUAAUCUGUGGAAAAAUGGAAUAUGCUUCCUUUAAAGCAGGAGUGGGGUAUUAAUAGCUUUCCAUUUCAGAUGGUAUGAAUAUAUAAAAAACUAGGAUUCAUUUUUUUUUCAGGUUUCCAGACUGACAGCAUAGGCCAAAUUGGUCGCAUAAAUGCAUACUAGUGGUCUUAAGUCAGUCAUUUAUUUUCCUCCAUUUGUCAAAAAGGUCUCAAUCGUGUUCAUAUGGUGGAGUGUGUUAGGUAUCCUUUAAAUAUACUAAACAGGUAACCUUGGAGAUGUCCUGGUCGGCUGGCUGGGUAGAUCAGUAGUCGCCAUGGCAAAGACACAGAUGCUGUUCUCCUUACGACACGCCAGUUGCUCAUGGACAUGAUUCUGAAUGAUGACUUUUUUUAACGGCUGCCAUUUUGGAUGGCUACUUGUGGUUCAACUUAAAUUUUACUCUGUCGUUAACAUUUGAACGUACUCUAUGUGCACUACGUUAUUGUCAGUAGAACGGUAUGGAGGUUGUGUGCCACAAUUAAAUAAAUAUAAAAUCUACUAAAUAAAAAAUACAAAUCUAUUCAAAAUGAAUCCCAAAUGUAAUUGGAUUAAUUCAUUCGAUAUUGAUGUAAUUGACUUUAUAUUUAUUUAAUUUU